AUGGAGAAAAAAAGAGCUCAGGCUCCGAGAACGCGGACUCCCAGCCCCCCAAAGACGAAUUGGGCUGCAGCGCUGGAGACUUUGCCUGCACUGCCGCCGAAGUGGGACUGGGUCGCAGCAGUUCGGAAGAGGUCAGAAGGUUUGGCAGAUGCCAUUGAUGCAUUGAAUUCGGGGAGGUGCCGGCCCUUGCGGCUGGGGACGCCUUGUGCAGGCUUCGAGGCACCCUAUUUUGCUCUCCGAGAGCUCGGCGUGCAGCAUUUUGAGCAUGUCUUUUCGAUCGAUGUCGGCUCACAUGCUGCGAAGUUCUGCAAGAAUUUGAAUCAUGCCAAGAAGACUUGGCUUGGCCAGCAGGAGGGCGACCUCAUGACCCUGGACUUCACCCAAGUGCCUUCCGUGGACAUUCUAGUCGCAGGACCUCCUUGUCAACCCUUCUCUGCGAUGGGGCGGCGUGAUGGCAUUCGCGAUCCUCGAGCGGGAGUGUUUUGGCGAACCAUUGACCUCAUUGCAGAGCUGGCACGCCGACCAGGAGAGGAAGCUCUCAGGUGUUUCAUCCUCGAGAACGUAGACGGCGUGAAGACGCCAGACGUUCACGGCUGCCGAGGAAUCGACGAGAUCACCAGGCGUCUGCGCGUGGCGGCACCUGCCUUCACAGUGAGGGUCUACGACAUGAACUCGAAGGAUUAUUCCCUCCCGCAAAACCGGCAGAGAGUCUACUUCGUCGGAGUCCACAAGUCCAUGCAAAUGCGCAAGCGAACUUUCUGCACCCCGUGUAGUGUUCAAAAGUCACCAGUCCAUUGCAGAGGAGACAUGAGAGAUGGCAGCGAUGUGAGACGCCACAAGCGCGGCGAUGGAUUUGGCUUGGCCUCCCAUGCAGUGGCCCUUCCGCCGUCAAAGUGGCGGACAGCUCUUGAGACACUCUCGCGAACUCAGAAUAACGGACUUCGCCCCAACCGUUUCCUUGCGAGUGCAUGCGCACAACACAAUUUCUGGUCUCGCAGCCUGCAGCUUCUGUCCUGGUUGCAGGCGGCUCAUGGGCGACCGGAUGCACAUUUUUGUGCGACCAUCGAAGCGUCUUGUGCUCGGUCGUCCAAAUGGGCAGCAAGCAUUCACAUUGUCGAGAAGCUUGGCCAUCUAGCACUGCGUCCAACAGUGGCUGCCUUGAAUGCUGCGGCACAAGCCGCCUGCAAGACCACGGGCCAUUGGCAAGGAGCUUUGGAGCGGUUCGGGCAAGCCACGAACAUGGAUGCAUCUGGACUCCAGCUCGAUGCCAUUAGCCUCGUCAUAAAGAUCACCGCCUUCACCAGUGCCAUGAAAUGGCCCUCAUCUCUGCAGUCCCUUAUGGCCUCGUCGGAGGGCCGAAUCAUGCAUCCUCAGGCGAGCAUUGCGAGGAACGCCGCAUGUAAUUGCUGUGUUCAGUCGUCAGCAUGGACAUUUCCGCUGCAAGUGUUGAAUGGCUCCGUCUUAUCUGUGGACCCAAUCGGAAGCAAUACGAUCCUCCGAGCACGAGGAAAGUCCAUGGACUGGCAAGCAGCCAGCGCCGUCUUCCGGGGGAUGCAGUACGGAAGGACCAACGGCGUGAGCAGGAUCACGCAGAACACCUUGUUGGAUGCUUUAGCCGAUGUCGAGCAGUGGCGAGGAAGUCUCGCUGUGGCCUUUUUUCCGGCCUCUGAGCUGCGUCUGUCUCCUGACGCCUUUGGUUUGGCGGCUGCAAUGACAGCCUGCGAGCGCGCACGUGCUUGGCAGUGCUCCUUCGAGCUGAUGAGCCUAUGGCGGAGCCGCGAUAGGCCUCAUGGCCCUGACGGGCUUGAUGUUGUCUUGACGAACUGUGUGAUAAGCGCCACUGUGCGAGCCUUGUGCUGGCAGGGGGCACUUUCUCUUUUCGCGAGUUUGCGCUGCGCCGAUGCAGUAGAGCAGGCUUCUUUGGGGACAUGCUUGACUGCGGCAGCAUCUGCGCGUGAGUGGCCGAUGGCUCUUGGUGUGCUAGGACACGUCUCUACCUACUCCUUGGAACUUGAUCUGCUGGCUCUCACACCGGCCAUACUUUCGCUUGGGUCUCGAUGGCGUCUUUCCCUUUGCCUGGCUGGCAGUGCUGCAGGCAGGACUUUGGCAAGCUGGACGCCAGCGGUUGAGUCGGCUUCUCGCGUUACCGCGCCGUGCUUGCCAGUGUUGCUGGAAGAUCUUGCAACUCGGCUUCAUGUUUUUUUCCGUGAGCACGGCCGGGACAUCCGAAAAGCAGGGCCUAAACACGAAUCCGGUCCCAAGCUGGAGGAUUGGCUGGUGAAGCACGACCACGUCCCUGACCGCUUCAAAGAGGUCCCACAAAGCUUGAAGAGCAAGAAGAGAAAGUUCGACGAGAAGCUGCAAGCAGAGAUGUGCGGUCAAAGCUUCCGUGGCGGGUCGCCUGUGGCUUUGGCUGAGCUUAGUUUUGUGCAGGUGCCAGUAAUCGGAUCCGUGCUAGCGGACAUCUUCGUGAAAACUCUUGUCGGCAGGCUGGAUGCUGCGAUGGAGGUCUCUGAUUCCGAGGAUGAUGCGGAUGGAGAGUCCAGCCAGGGGCCUACCUUCCCCCGCUUCCGAUGUGGAUGCUGGCUCCACCUCAGAAGCUUGCCAGAGGGGCCGGGUGGGGCCAUGGGUGAUGUCUCUGUGCACUCCGGUCGUCGGAGCCAGAAGUUGGUGCUGGGACGAGAUCCGAGGCGAGCCUCUGCACUUCUCCUGGAGGCCGACCGAUUGCAAGAGACGUCGGUCAUCAGCCGAGUUCAUGCAGAACUCAUUCCAGGUUCCCAGCCAGGCGAAGCCUUUGUGCGCGAUCUGGGCAGCACAAACGGCUCGUGGAUUCUGGGACGUGGACGCAUCUGCGCACAAAACGUGGAGAUGGAGGUCUUGUGCGGCGGAGACGAGAUUUCUCUCGGGGUGGACCCGUCGACAUGGCAAGAAGGCCACAGCACACCGAGCUACCGCUUCCUGUACCGGGUGGAGAUGCCUACGAAGCGCCGGCGCACAGAGGCGGCUGAGACUCCUUCACCUGCACCAGAGCCUGAAGAGUUGGCGGAGGAGCAGGAUCCGGAGCCUCCGGUGAAUGAGGAGUCCGUCUUCCCCUCUGCUGCUGCCGCAAUAGCAGCCCUUGAAUCGCUGGAGCAUGAGAGAUAUGGGCAGAGCACUGGCGAAGUGCUCAUGGCCGUGAUAUCUGGAUUUGGUGGCAGUUGCCCCAAUGUACAAAGACUUGGCGACAUGGGCUCCAGGCCUACGCCGCGAACGGGGCUUCUGGUUGCGAUGCUGUUGGUGCUUUCUGCAUCCCAGCAGGAUCCAGACCGGCUUCGAAUAUUGCAUGCAACGCGGGCAGAGAGGCGGGUCAUGUUACAGGACGAGGUGCUGGAGUAUAUUGAAAUCGACUUACAUUUCUCAGCGCCUGUUUAUGCCGUCAGCUGCGCUCAGACCCGUGGACUCCAUGUAGCCGAGGCAGACCGUUGUGCAAGCUGUCCGCCUGGCUGCACUCUAUCGGCCGCAUUUAGCCGAUUUCCCUACGUCCCGGACUUGUUGCCAAAGUUGCAAUCGGAGCCCGAAUGCAUCUGUGGCAUUAGCUUCGAAGAGAUGCAGUUGAAGGUUCAAGCUUGGCCGGGCGACCAGGGCUUCGGUGCUUUGGUGGAUCGUCGGCCGGCCUUUAUCCACGGAGUCCGCGACACGUCCAUCAUGUACAGUUCCGCCAUUUGGAAGUUCGACUCGCUCAUGGCUACCAUCAAAUGUCCGAAUGAGGCCAACAUGACCCCAGCAUUGGCCAGAAUCCGACGUUUUGGCAUCAACGGACCUCCUGUGGACAAUUCCCUGUUGUGGUUUCGGCGCUUCGAGACAGCAUUUGGGGUUGAAACCAUUCACAGGCUACUUGCCAACGCUUCGAAGUCGUACAGCUCGCGCCGUGCCAUUUUCCUGCUGCCGGUUAAACGGACAAAACAUGGACGCACCAAGCAGCUAGGACUUACUUUGCAAGAGAUGGCAGGUUGCCGAUUGGAGCUGCCCUACCUGGUGGGUCCUCGGGGAGAGCCAGCGGAGAGCGUGGAAAAUGUGGCGGCUUUACCUGAGCAAAAGUUCGCUUGCAACUCUGUUGGCCUGCAGGCCGUCCAUCGGCAGAUGAAGGCUGUGAUGGACCAAGUCUUGACAGCCGGCCAGCAAGACGGCCACUGUGUUUCAGACUGGAGAACAACCUUCCCUCCACGAGGGCGAGGGGGUCCUGGAGGAACGUCUGGAAGUGACUAUGUUUGGGGAGAUCAAGCUGGCAAUGAAACGUAUUCGCCCUACACGACUGCAACAUCUGGAGAGAGAAGUCGCAAAGUAGGUGUCUUGGCAUAUCGAAACGAUUUCGUAUCCCCUACACCUGAUAUGGCAAUGCCAUGCAGCGUGUACAGAUGGCAGUUGCGUCUUCGAUCACAUAACAUGCGUGAGCGUGCGAUCUCAUACACUGCAGUGGAUGCAGUGAAUGGAUGCUGGUCGAUGAUGGAGAGCAGCUUGAGGUUCGAGUCUCGGCCAGUCGUUCUGGACUCCCAGAGCUGCACGAAAGACCCCGAAGAUGACGACUUCGUGUUCGAUCCGUGCUGCAACCUGCAAAGGCUUAGGUGGCAGUGCUGUGCCAAGCAGACAAAGACACUGCAGCAAUCUGUGCUGACGUCGGUGGACUUCAAUGCAAUGGCGCAGUGUCGCAAGGAUGAGCAUGGAAGAGCAAGUUUUGCCAAGGCGGCAAUUGCAGCCGCCACGGCCUGGAAAAGACGCCUGACGGAGCCGCUGGGAGUGCAGCUCAGUUGGAUGAAGUUGGCACUUCACGAGCAGGCCAAUGCUGCAAUGUGGCGAUCAAUCGAGCAGUGUCACUCGGAUGUCAUGGGCCGCUUUGAUCGUGAGACUGGCAUGUACCUGGGUACACCAUGCGUCAUUGACAGCGAUUGCUUCACACGCUGCCGGAAGCCCGUCUUAGAAAGCUUGCAGGUCAGGGUUGCGCUGAACCAGGGAUCUCCAGUGAAGAGGAUGGUCUUGGGGCGAUGCACUGUUCCCUCCGAGAGCCGCCACGUCUACAUCGUUCGCUGUCUCGCACGGCGUUUGGGCAAGGAGGUGGUGGAACUGCUGGCGAAGCAGCUGGGCCUUGAAGUUCGUAGCAGAAACGAAGAGGCCAUUGCCAAUUCCCUCGCGGACCCAUCCCACAUGACGAGCGCGUGCGUGGGACCAUUGGCAACGCCCGGCUGGGCUGUGUCGAUGCAGGAAUGUUUGAGACAAGAAGGCUGCAACUGGCACCAUGAGAUAAGAUCUGCAGCAGAAUGUACAGCUGAGCAGUUCCAAAACAAUGAAUUCUGUGGCUGUCUGGAGGGCAGCUGCCCGCAGCAGAGCAGACGAGCUGGGUGCAUUACUGGUGCGAAGUACACAGACUAUUGCACGGAUGCUCGGGAGAUGCUGCGGCCUUUGGAACUGGCAUGUGCAAGCAUUGCCACCAGCUCGGUCGAGCUCGCUCGAUGUCGAAACUUGGCAGACGUGCACAGCUUCAUGUUCAGGCACUGCAUUUCGUCUCCUUGCCUACCAAGAGCUUCCUUUUUUUGGGCGGAUGAGAAGUGCAACGACAACAUGAGACGUGAGUUCCAGGGCUGCUAUGAUUCCUGUGUCAUGCCCAGUGGGCCGAAUCCAACAAUAGACCGAAGUGUUUGUUUCCACGAGUUGUGGCCCAACGAAACCGAUCAAGACUGCUACCAGAAGCCGGGCGAUACAAUGGUCCAUUACAGCCCACCUCCAGGUGCAGAAAACAUCGACGAGAAUUGGGCUGGCGCGCUGCGCCUUGAGUUGCCCAACGACCGCCGGCCGAGAUACUGCUCCAUCCGCUUGUGGCAAGAGCUGGAGCAGGCCUAUCCGCCCCGUUCCUUGGCCUCCGAGCGCGCAGCCUUGCUGUACAGGGUGACCCGCGAGAGCAACGAGAAUGAGGCCGAGCUUCGUCGCACCGAGGGCCAACGACGGGAAGAUGAGGUUUUUUCGACCGCAGAGCCUCCAAGAUUCACAGGUUGCGAUAUGGGCCCGUUGCCGCUGACAGCAGAUUCUACCAUUGCCUGCAGAGCAAAGACCGAGUUCACAUGCUGUUUUAUGCCCACAAACCUCACAGCAGGUGCUUGUGAAUUCUGCGCGUUGGCAAAUACAACGUCGUGCAGCAUCGGGCAGAAGCUGUCUGCCAUUUGGGCGCCCAAUCUCCAGCUCUACUCGGCGGUAUUGGCAGAAGACCUAGGCAGCGAUUUGGCCCGGGUAGACUGGGAAGAUGGUGAUACCUAUUACCGUCAGGUUCCAUGGGCCUGGCUGCGAAGCAGCUCUGGGACAGGUUGUCAUCCCGUCGAGGAGGGCUGUGCAGCUCACCACCAAUGCCCUGUUGGUUUCUACUGCUUCAGCUGCGAGACAUGUGCACUCGCCUAUGGAGGGAACCCUCCCCCGGGUCUUUGUGACCCAUGUCCAACACAUAGGGGCGGUGGCUGUGGCCGGCUCGAUGCGUGCACCCGCUUGCAGGAUAGCAUUGACAAUGUCUGCCCGACAGAGGGUUUAAUUGAAUGCCCUUGCAAGGAGGAGUGGAGUGUGAGGUACCAGUAUCCAGGGGCCCCAUCCGAACAGAGCAUAAACGAUUGCUACUUCGACGUGUCCUCCAACAGCCGCUGGUGCGAAGUGGAUGAAUCCUACUUUGGUACAGGGUGCAAUCUUCAAAGACUAGUGGGCAAAGAUCGGUUUAUUUUUUGGCAGACCUGCCGCCCAAAGACCUGCGACUUCUGCAACUGUGACUGUAGCGAGAAUUGUCAGGCUUUCGAUGUGCUCCCCGCAUACGGCCGCCUUCCGGCCGAAAUUGUGCCUGGAGCGUUGGAUGCCACGCUGAGCAACUCGAUGAAGCGCUUUGCCGGGAUCGUCGCUCCAAAUUGCACACAAGGUAGUUCUGCCCGCAUCCGCGACAUUUGCGAAUACUGCGUGGCCUGCUGCAAUGAUUUCUGCAAUGCGAAAGCCAAGGCUGAAGGUGGCUUUGACUGUACGACCACUGAGGUAUCAGGCUGCUCUGACAUGGUGCAUGGAUGGGUUGACAGCGUGGGCCGAAACUGUCCAAGCUACGUGAUAGAUAGUCUCUGCACCCAGCAAGGCCUGUAUGGCACCAAUUGGGUGUACAAUCCCCCUCGUACAUUUGCAGACUUUUCCUCCAGUGGCCUGGCUGCCACUGAUGUUUGUUGCGACUGUGGUGGUGGAGUGGACUGCAGCGACAGUCCCUUCGACUGGGCCGAUUCCGACGGGCAUGGCUGCGCAACUUACGAAACCUUCAAGUGGUGCAAUCGGGCUGGGUAUGGCCCUGGCUGGGACUUGACUUGGGGUCCUUUCAAGCUUGGCACCAGUGGCGUGGAUGCCCACACGGCCUGUUGCAUCUGCGGUGGUGGGCAGGGCCUUGUGGUCCCGGAGGUCAUCAACAAUUUGGUGAACGAUGAAGCAACUUGCAUGGCCGUCUGGCCUGGGCGAGCACAGUGGCAGCCUCCUCCGUGGUUUCAGCGCGGCAUUCACCUGUGUCAGCUACACAGCAACAUCUGCGGCCGCAAGCUGCAGGCGACUAUGUAUGAUCCGGCAACCGCGUCAAACAUGGCCGACGAUGAGCGCAUCUUUGGGCUUUGUCUUCAGCGAGCUUACGACACAGGCACGCUCCCUUACUUGGAGGACUUUGAAAUGUCUCUAGCCCCUAUUGGGCCCGGGCGACGUCUCCAGAGGACAUCGUCUGGAAACGCAUCCUUUGUCAAAUUUCUAUCAAAGAAGAUGAGCUCAACAGCCUUGCGGCGCCUUGCCAGCCGCUUCAACUUCUCACGCCAGCUUGCAGUCCUAGAUCGAAAUCAGAAGAUGGAUCCGACCCUCUUGACAAGGCAGCUUUUCCGCGAGGGUACAUCUGUACGUGUGGACUUCUUUGGUAAUCGUGGUCUCGGCGUAUGCUAUUAUAGGAUGCCGGAUCCACGUGAGAUGUACGGCGGUGCAAACCGUGAGGUCUUUCCUCCACCUUUGCUUCCAACGAGGACGACAGAAACAGACGUUUUCGAGAGGCCCACGCUUCAAGCACUCGGAUGGCCGCAAAGCUUCUGGAGCGCGCUCUUUGAGAAUGGUGAUGCCGCGUAUGCGCUUGAUCUAGUCGUGAACCCACAGAGGUUCAACACAGCAGACGAUUUCAGCACCGUGCUGCGAGGUUUGCUUGCCAAACACAACGUGCAGCUUGUCCUCAAGGGCGAGUUUGACAACCGAGUUCAAAACUGGACGGCUUGGUUGGCCACCCUAUCAUGCAAAGGUCCUGAGGACGAUCUCACAAAGUUCAGCCAAGGGACAGAAUGGCGCCCUGCAGUCCUUCACGAACGCGAAAGCUGUCGCGUGUCUCGCUGUGAUGUAGACGACAUGAUUCUGGAUGAGCUAACUUGCCGUCUUACUUAUGGCUGCACGGCAUCAUGCACGUUCUGUGCAUCUCCAGCACUUGCCACUCAAGACAACGGGCUCUGUGUGUCAAGUGACACUUCGAGCUGCACCAGCUUGGGUGGUAUUGUUGUUCAGGGAGAUCUCUUCGACGAAAGAAUGGGGGUGAGGCGGUUUCAGCGAGUCUGUGCUCUCCGGCAUCGGCCGACGAUCUACUGCAUGGGACCCGGCUUCUCGGUGAAGCGGUGUGAGAACUUCGACGAGCAAAGCUGCGAGCAAGAUCCGCUGGCUACACUCAUGGGAUGCUACCAGGGAGUCCGGCCCUGCCAAACAGAAGGUCGCUGCCAGAUGUCCGGGCAUUGCAGCGAUACAGACAUCGGCCUGAACCUGGCCAGUCCGGGGACAUGCGUGAUUACUCCGCUUGACGACAACCUGUUGCAGCAGGGCUGUUCGAUUGGAGGAGCUGGCACAUUUCCAGAUGGAUUGUGCUUCUUCCGCUUGGACCCUGCCUUUGGCAUGGAGGUCCGACGCCGCCAUGGCUUGAUGGAUCUGUCCAACCUGACUUCUGAUGGAGCGGGCACAGAGCUUGAAGAUGCUGCUGCAUGGGCCGCAUCAUUGCAAGAGGCCCGGCUCGCAUCGGAGACGACCGACACAGAUCUGCUGCGGGCUCGGCUGCGUGAUGCCGGAAAGCUGAACCGCUCAGAAUGCGAAGCGCUGAAUCCGUUAGCGCCACCUUUUGAAGCCGUCUGGAUUGAGCGAUCCGUGACCCCACAAGGAUGCGCUCGUUGGAAAGCUUGUUGCCUGCUGCAGCAGGGCGACCGAUGUGAGCUUUUUACCAACAAUGCAGUCAAUGCAGAAGCCGACCCGGACCUUGCAGAAGCAAAGAAGGCUGAGUGUUCCGAAUGCGGUGGAAAAUGGGUUGAGAUUUUCCAAUGGACGGCAGGAGUGUGGAAGCGGGGUGAUUUGCUUUCGCCACAAAGAGGUUGGUACAGCCGCCGCUGGGGCAGCAUCAAUCGCUGGGUGGAAGUCGUGGAUAUCGACCUACUGCGCCGGUUAUUCGAGAAUGCUUUGGAUGAGCGGCUUGGGAGACAACGCCUCAAUGCGGCGGUUAGCAUGGUGGAGCCCCUGAUGACCUCACUGCAGCUUUUCGCAGCUGCUUGCGGAGAUGGGGCCGACGUAAUGGAUGCUUCAGUGCAAAGGGCAGAGCUUCUGGAGGACAAGCUCGCCGCACCUCCUAGCGUGCAGCUACCUUCCGGCACCUUUCAGCUCGGACAGAUUCUAGCAACGUCCGGACUCAUAAGUUCUGGAUCCGUCGGAGAUGUGCAGCUUUCCUGGCAUGAAUAUAGUGCAUCACGAUUCGGUGAAGCAAGUGGGCCAGCAGUAACCUACGAUAUCAGCCUCAUGCCCUUUGAGUAUAUGCUUGGAGCUGCAGCGUCGCAGAUCGCAUUGCCCGGUAGAUCUGGACUGGUUCGGAACUAUCUGCUCGAUUAUUUGAUUGUCCAAGACACUACCACCACCCUGUCUCCUGCGAGCAUGGAGACCAUCGAUGCGGGCGGCAUACGUGGAGGCUAUCCCGCCUGGAUCAUCAACGAGAUGCUCAGGUUAGACAUCGACGAAGAGGCGGAAGCAGAAGAGGCUGCCGCACUGGCCGAAAAGCUGGCGGCCACGGAAGAGACCCGGCGCCAAGAGCGGCUCCGAGCCCAGGAAGCCGCGGCUCAGGCCGCAGACGCCGCCUCGGAGCUGCCUCCCGCGUCCCUUUUUGUUCUGACUGGCGAGUACCUCCAGAACAACUCGGACGAUGGGUCUCAAACUGGUGAUGCCUUCAACCUGGCCAGUUUCGACUGCAGGAACAUUAUUGCAAAUGCUCAGGGCGAAAUGUUUGGGCAGAUUAUCGGGGAUUGCGUGCAGGUACAGAGCUCUCAGACGAUCGAGAACUCUGUAGAGCUAUGCUUGCCUUUGAGUUUUGGGACGCCAGAGGACAUCAGCGCCUUCAACAGUACAGCUCAGGUGGAGGUGGCUGGCAUGCGCUUCGACUUUGCUGUGAGCCGGAUGGUUCCUGAUACUUACGAGACUGAGCUUCCUCCUCCGCUGCAGUCAGGCACUGAAGUUCCCGGUAGGCUUGGGGAUGUGAUGUGGAACUGGAAGGACAGUGGCACCUAUGGUCGUUUGGUACCUGGCAGUUUCCACCUGACUCCAGCAAAUCUCGCUGCCGAGAUGCGCACUGAUGGAGCUACAGGGGCCCGGCUUUGCUCCCGUAUCUUUGCAGCAGAGACAUACUGUCCCAUUCUACGUCUGGGCACGCACUUCCGGGCCCCGAUCUGGACGAAUGCUACAGGACAACCUCGUGUAGGCGGCUUCGAGUCAGGCUGCACUCGUUUCGACGGCCUGCUAGCUGAAAUCCAUCGGAGGCAAAUGGGGCGCAUGAGCUCUCCGGUCGCCUAUGUGCCCUUGGAUCAGCAGGUUGCAGAGGAAGAGAUCCUUGAAGAACGGCUCAGCAAGGGAGUGCUCUCAACAGUGGAGCCUACCUCAGAUUUGCCAGUCUGCUUGCCCGGCCAAUGCCUCGUGCGCCGCGACAACGGGCUCCAAAUCAUGAGCGUAGAUUCCAGUGCCGGCAGAUGUGCAAUAAAUUGUUAG